UAACGUGUGUGCAAGUUGCGAAGACGAGAAGGACUAAAUCGUCAUUUUCAAGAUAGAUAACUAAUUAAUUAAUUAAUUAAUCUAUACUUGCACCACCACCAUCAUCACGCAUACUGUUCUUUUUUUCGGUUCGGAUCUUCAAACCAAACCACUUCUUUUUGAACCGGACGUCGGCGGAGACGGUCGAACCGGUUGCCUUCGGCGACGGCGGUUACACGCGACGGAGCUGUGUAAUGCUAUUGAUCGAAUUCCGUAAUGUCUUCUAAUAACCCUUUGCUUCAACCUGAGAUCGGACCUGACGGUCUUGCUCGAGAAGCUUCCGUCAUCGGCUACACCGAGAGGAUCAUCGAAGAGGAGCAACUUCAAUUGCAGAAAUACAUUCAAGAAAACUAUUCGAAAAUUCGCAAUGUGGAACGUGAACUUGCGAAUCUCACACUUGAGAUGAAACUUACAGCUGGGCCAAAAAAAUCAGCACUUGAACAUUUGAGAAAGAAAAUAGAACAAUCAACAGAGAAAAUUCGUGCAGCCAAGCUAAAAGAAGAACAGGCCCGAAAGGCAUGGGAAUCUGCAGCAAAAGUAGUGAAGGAAGAGGAAGAAAUAAAGCAGAAGCUAUGUGAAGAUUUGAGCAAUUUGGUCCAAGAGAGCAGUCAGUCUCAAUUUGAUCGGCUGGCAGAAUUAAAAAGACGACUGGAAGCUUUGAAUCCAAGUCACGCAACAACUAAUGUUUCUCAUGAUGGGAGAUCAGAAAGUUCUUCUCAGGAUAGUAAAACGCAAGAUAGUUCCUCUAUUCCCAACACCAGGGAAUCAAGUGGUGGAUCAACCGCGGGUGUUACCAAUCAAAGUAAUGGUCAGAAAGUUGCAGUGACAGAUAGACCUAAUCAGCAACUACCUAAUGAAGGUGAUGGAAAAAGUAAAAAGAAAGUCAACUUCCAAUUAAAAGGAAAGGGAAUUGGUGCUGUGUCCAAGGGUAGAUCUAAUGCUCCUGGCUGGACUGGUGCUGGCUUUGACGCUUGAAUUGGGUAGAUGGCAAAAUCUGAAAACAAUAUUAGAAGAUACAACUGUGCUACAUAUAUUUUGGGUGAGAAGUCAAUACUUUCUGUACAAGGUAUAUCCUUAUGUCCUCCAUUCGUGCUACUUGCUUACUUCGAAAUGUUGUCUUCCGUCAAUUAGUUGAUUGUAUUAUUUUUCUGUGACAGUCGGUUGACAGCGAUUGACCUUCUGACUUAGGUUUGAUACCACUACUUUGUGAUAUCCUCUACUCCAACUUUCAAGCAAGAAAUAUCAAUAUGUUGAGUUGGAUUCUCCUUUUGAUUAUGCAAGCUGUCCACAUGUGUUUUCA